CGUCAAUUAUACCUGAAUAGCUCUUUUCAUCCCCAAAAUAUGGACCCCCUCAGCGCCCUACCUCAUGAGCUCCUAUCUUCAAUCAGCGAGGAAGCCGCUGAUUGGGUUGGGCUUGACAGCCUGAUUCGAGUUUCGCCACGCAUCGCUGCGCUGUUUAUCCUCGAGGGAGGUUCGGAUCAAGCCCACCCCGAUGCCAUCUACCUCGUUGAGAACAUCCUGCGCACAAAUUCAAUGAUGAGCCAUCGACUGCACCGGUUCUUCCGGAUGUGUGCGGAUCUCCGGAGCCCUACCUUCUCUUCCGGAUGCAAUUUGACCCUAGCCGAGUUUAUGGCACAGGACUAUUCCUCACCUCUGAGCCCCACUUCUGUGACCGGCACUGUGCUGCGGGACAUGGUCCGGGUUGCAGCCAACAUCCAGCGGCUGGCGUGCGCCUGCUUAACCACCUUUCUGGCACGCACCCGAGCGGUGCAACCAAUAGGCUACGGGAGGGAUGCGGCCGGGAAGCUAAAGGGGGGAGAGCCAUACCCAGCGCAAGAAGCCGGUCCUCCAUCGUGGGCGGAAGAGUACCGUGUUUACCGAGCCUUGUGGCAUCUACAGCUGUAUUCAGAUGUGUGGAAUGUCUCUCACCAGCUGGACUGGCCUAUCAGCGAGCUCCAUCUCUAUUUACGAGUCUCGGACUUUAGCGUUCCUUCCAGUAGACCUCAACGCGGGCCAACACAAGAGGGAGAACCCACCGGGGAUGAGAUGCGGGCUGUGUCGGAGUGUCUGCAGGAUAUUUGUCUCCAGCCAAACUUGUCAGAACCACUGAUCGCGAACCUCGACAGUUUUUACUUGCGUUUUUGGCUGGAGUUGCCCGAUGCAUCGUCUCUUAGGCACCAGGUUCCUCAGGGCAGCAAUUUUUGUCAAGCCAAUGCCUUCCGUGGCUUCAAGGUCUGGAGUCCUCCACCCCUCCCGCGUCCCGAGGAGGAUACAUGCACGCAUGUCUUGGGGCAAUGGGACAACACUAUCCCUGCCAUGCAGAAGCGAAAUAUUGGUAAUCUAUGGUUCAUGCUACCAAUGUAUGAGGCAUAUGAACGUGCAGCUAUGUUCCAAACAGCCUCUCUUCUAGAUCCCCGACCGUUACUCGGACUAGGAUUGGUUUUCUGGGACGGAUGGAGGCUCUACAACCUAGGUCUUUGGUCAGCAAGCCCUAGUAAUUGGGAAACCGGAAAGAAUUCUCCUGUUGUUACGGGCCCUGACGGGAGCCAGGUUCCGGUCGAUUAUGCACCGAGACUCAAAGACGGAAGAGAAAGGAAUUAUCGAUGGUCUGAAUUCGCUGCAGCUCGCUUGGUGCAGGAGGCACAGGAGGCACAGGAGGAAAGGAGUGGUCUGGCGACUCAAUGACAGGCAUCACGUCUUCUAAGCUGUACCGUGUCUAAAUGGUCGAAUUAUGUAAUAAUAGUCAGGAAAGUAAGGU